AUGAGUUGCGCUCGGUAUCUUAAUAGUAUAAAGCGAUAUUCGCUAACGAUGAAUAAGGAUCUACGUGCAAUCAUUCAAUUGGGUACAGCAUUCAUGCUCAUUUUUUCGGCUUUCAACAGUCAAGGCUUUGUUGAAAUCGCUGUAUUGAGCAGUGUUGCGCACGAUCGUCCAGAAUCCGGUAUCACUGAGCAGUCCGGUUAUUACAGUUUAUCCAUAAUAUAUUUCGUUUUUACAAUCUCAAACUUGCUGGCACCCGUAGUGAUCAAUAUAAUUGGAUGUAAAUGGUCCAUGGUGUUAGGUGCCUUAACAUAUUGCUUAUUUAUGCUGGGAUUUUUGCAUCUUCAAGCCACAUUGCUCUACGCACUCUCGGCACUCGCCGGAUUUGGCGCAGCAAUUUUAUGGACUGGCCAAGGAGUGUAUCUGACCGAAUGGUCACGAUUCGAUACGAUGGCACGUAAUAGUGGUAUACUUUGGGCAAUGCUUCAGUCAUGUCUUAUUUUUGGAGGAAUUUUCUUGUUUUCUUUGUUCUUCUCGAGUACAAUAACCAGUUCAACCAGGCUUAUGUAUACGUCGUUUUCGGCGAUUUGUCUCGGUGGUGCGCUGGUUUUAGCGUUUUUACCAUCCGUACCACGGAGUAAUCGUUUGGGUGAAAACAGCAGCAAUCAACAGAUCGAAGAGGAAGAAGGCAUCGAUGGUGGUGAUACAACUAGUGAUGAUCAAGCAAAUCUGAUCAGUGAUCGUUCAACAAUUCCAAUCAGAAGUCACUCCGUACCAACUGCCACUUCUAUUUCACCACAUCUUAGAUCAUGGAAGCACGAAUUUGUAAACACAUUACGAGUUUUGAAUUCACGACGAAUGUUCUUGCUGUCGUUUGUUUUCAUGUAUUCUGGCAUUGAGCUGACGUUUUACACGGGUGUUUAUUCGGCAUGUCUUGCUGCUUUUCAAGCACUCAACGAUCCAAACGGUCUAAUUGUUGCAUACAAUGCAUUAGCGUUAGGCGUCGGACAAAUCAGCGGUGGUGUUUUGUUUGGAAUUUGUUCAAAACGGACCCUCACUCAAGGCCGUAAUCCUGUGAUCCUUAUCGGCACAUGUGUUCAUCUAUUGGCAUUCUUCUUAAUAUUCCUUAAUGUCCCCAUGGAAGCACCGCUUCACAAAACGGGUGCGCAUGCUUUUAUUGAGCCAAGUUACAAUUUGGCUAUAUUGUGCGGACUAUUUCUGGGCUUUGGCGACAGCUGUUGGAAUACACAAAUUUAUUCAUUACUUGGCUCAUUGUAUACUAUCAACAGUUCAAAUGCAUUCGCACUGUUCAAAUUCUUCCAGUCAUUAGCUGCAUGCGCCAGUUUUUAUUAUGGAUCUGUGCUGUUAUUACAUUGGCAACUGGCGAUCAUGGCUGUUGGAGCAGUGCUCUCUGCUUUGUGUUUCUUCCCGGUCGAGUGGGAAGCGAUAGCGAUUGCAACACCGCCACAAAUUUAUCCAUAA